AGAGAGAGGGGGACAGAUCGGUAAAUAAGUGCGUGCUACCUCGUACCUGGAGCGAUCAUGAGGAGAAAGGAGCGUUUGUGUGCGCCGUUCGACGUUAGAAAAUCAUUGCGUGCCACUGCUAAUUUAGAUCGUUCGCCGUGAAAUCACGACAAACUCGUAACGCGAUCAAAGUCCAAAGAGAAGAGUCACGAACGAUCUUGUCUGACUCUUCGUUCCGUCUUUAGUAGUGCCACGCAAUUGAAUUGAGUAACUUCUUUUUCAUCGACUUUUUUUUCGACGACAAGCUAAUGUUUUCAGAUUUUUUUUGGAAAAAAUUUCUUAGAGUCAUCGAAAGAUCGUUGAUCAUUCUCGAGAGAUUCGAGGAUUAUAGUGCGUUAGUGCUAGUAAUCUUUCAGUGCGUGCUACGUCAUGAGUCUACAAAGAGACCGGAGCUUUCUAGGUUCUUCAGAUUCUCUCGCGUUCCUUUCAUUGACUUACGCAAGAGAGGUUAACGAUUCCAUCGUGGUCACAGGUCUGUUUGUCCAAGUCAAAGGCCAACCCACUGGGACACGUGAUUUGCUUCAGCCCGGACCUUGUACACCUGGCAAACGCAGAAAAGGGAAUCGUUUCAGUCUAAGGGGUCGCUCUCCGAGCCGCGAGCAAGGCCGAUAUCUGGUCUAGUUUAUCAGAAUAGAACAAUUAGUUUUUGCAUUUGAGAAUUGACAUUUGGAUUCCGUCCAAGAGGCAUCCUCGCUGGACUGUGCCAAUGUCGUCUACUACCAUGCGACCGGCGGAAGCAUGCAGGCACCGUGCCAGAGAACCGAUUCGCGUCUUUUUCUUCCCUUCAUCGACCGGCCUGUGCCAAGGCCAAGCAAGAAGCAGAAGCCACUGAGAGAAUACGGCCGAUUGUGCCUUGGUACAGAAGACCAGAGUAACGUUGUGACGGCGGAAGUAUGCACCGAGACACGCGGUGGACUUCCGCUUUUGCAAGUAUGGCCAAGCGAUUCGCCGAGACGUGAGGUCGAUAGUCAGGAACAAGCUUUUGUAUUUCCGGACGUUCAGGAAAACGUUAACGACAGUGGAAUCGAGUCCAUCCAGGCAUCGCCGUCGCCGUGUAAAGCUGCUUGCAACAGUCCAGCGACGACACCACAACAAUCUCGUCGCGCAAGUCUUUUGCAUCCGGAUCACGCGAGGCUUCAUCUGCAUCAUUUACAUCACAAUCACCAUAAUUCAGGCUCGAAAAGUCCUCCGACUCAAGAUAGAACAUCGAUCGACGAAGAUCCGCCCUCGGUACCUCCAAGCCCUUCUAGUACGACGACGAGUAGUCUCCGAUCGAUGCCGAGUUCAGCGAUCGCAUCUAUGCAUUCUCAAGACAGACGGCGUAGCAGCAGAUACAGCAUGUUCGAUGCUUUGGACUUGGAAUAUGCUCUUUUGAGAGCCGCUGCUAGGGGUUCGGUAGGGCCCUAUUCUCUUUCAGAAUCCUUGCACAAGUUGACGUUCACACAAAGUCUUGCUUUUCCCGCAUUGGCUCGUGGUUUAGCUUCGAAACAAAGUGUACCUACUAGAAGACCUCAACAACAUACAGAAAGUGGACUGAAUGUCUUCGCCAAGGUUGUUACAGCUCUCGUCCUCAUGUUAGUCAGCGUCUUGGUGUUCGGUGUUGUUUAUAAAUUCGCUAGGACGUGAGGAUGGCUACUGGUACCCGAUCGACAUCCUGGUUCCAAUCAGGACUUUAAUAAUCGGCCGGGUGCCAGCGAGUCUUACGACGAUAAUGCCUGAUCAAUCUUGAUGUCAGGAGUUCGCCAAAAGAUCUCUUUCUUUUUUCUUCCUUUUCUCUCUAACACUCUCUUUUUCUCUCUUCGUCUAUUGCAUCUCUUUCUUCCGAUCCAUUCGAAAAUCUAGCCUUCCUCUUUAUCAAAGAUUCGAUGUAAGGACGAAUUAUUGGCGACUUUUGACAUGAAUCGAGCAUUAAAUGUAUCCAUAAGGCCUUCUUAACGAAAAAAGCACAAGUGAUAAUCGGUAUGACCGAUUUCUUUUCAUUUCUUUCUAUUUUUUUUUUUUUGUUUUCGUCUUCCGUGCGAAAGCGUUAUUUUAAUCGAUUUAAAUGAAAUUCAAGAUACGAGGAAUUUCUUUCGUGAAGAAAUCCAUGGUAUUCGUUAAGAUUUUGAUCAAACGGUAAACGAUAUGUAUGAUAUAAAGAUAUAAAGAAUACGAUAUUAAAAGAUUUCAGGAUUUUUGAAGAAGAAAAUGAUUCACCUCCUUGUCGGGAACGAUGCGUACUACGUCCUCGUUUUCGAUUUUAUCACGAUUCGGACAAGGUCCUCGUAUUGGAAUCUUCCCCUCUUGGGUUAGUGAAUUUUUUUACAUAAAAAAUUAGAAGCGCUGGCUUUUGGACGAUCGCGUGAGAAUAAUUAGGAGGAAAAAAAAAAGAAAAAGAAAAAGAAAAAGAA